UGUCCCCCCAAAUACGCUUGGUGGAGGCUCCAACAUAGUUCUUCGAGGAGUGAAUUAUGCAUCUGGUGGGGCUGGCAUCCUCGACGAGACCUCAUUGCAACUGGGUCAACAAAUCCCCAUGAAUCAGCAGCUAAAAAAUCAUCAAGUAAACGUUGGUCGGAUAGCUACUAUACUCGGAAAUCAGACGGCAGCCAAUCAUCUUCUCCGACAGUGUUUGUACACCAUUGACAUGGGAAAUAGCGAUUACGUCAACAACUACUAUGCUUUACCAUUAACCUUGACUAGAAUUCUAAACUCCCCAGAGAGUUUCGCUGAAAAGUUGAUACAUGAAUAUUCUCAGCAAUUAACGACUCUGUAUAACCUUCAAGCAAGAAAAGUUGCAGUUUUUGGGUUAGUUACGAUAGGUUGCAUACCUCGAAUGUUGUUUCUUUAUCCUCCCAAGGGAACUGCAUGCGUUGACUUCAUCAAUGACGCCGUCCGCUUAUUCAAUACUAAGCUUAUUUCACUCGUUCACCACUUGAACACUAAUCUGCCGGGUGCCAACUUUACCCAUAAACACAUACGGCAUUUUAUCGGGAAACUUUGCGGCCACCCUCGGUAUUAAAGUUCCAAAUGUUUCAUGCUGUGAAGUAAACAAGAUAACGGGACUGUGUGUUCGAGACGGAGCUGUAUGCAGCAACAGAGAUGAGUAUACAUAUUUCGACGACUAUCAUGUAACACAGAUUGUGGCUAAUUAUACUACUUCUAGAGCUUACAUUGCUCAGACACAAUCUGAUGCAAUCCCAGUCGACAUUCGAACUCUCAUUCAGGCGCAGUAAAGUGCUUGCAAAUGCAAUAAAUUAAAGCUCUUGUAAUGAAAUAAGACAUGCAAUAAAGCCAGUGCUAGCUCUGGUUAUUAUAAUUAUAUCCCGAUUCCCUGGUGUAAUCCUAAAACACUGUUGUUCGCUUUAAUAUUAAUAUUAUAAUUAAUAGUAAAA